GAUUCACAGAGUCCUUCCUCCAUAACAAGUAAAAACGUCAGUCUGUGUGUGUGUGUGUGUGUAUGUGUGUGAAGGGAGCCACAAUCUGCUCCCACUCUCCAGUGCUUGUCUGAACUCAUGAGGCAGCACAGACCCCUUCGCGCAGAGAAACUCCAACCUCACUGGCAACCAUCGCGGCAGCAGCAGCAGGCCACCAGCUGUUUCCCGUGGAGAUCAUGAAACGAGGUCGGCUUCCUAGCAGCAGUGAGGAUUCUGAUGACAAUGGCAGCUUGUCCACCUGGUCCCAGCAUUCCAGAUCUCGACACCGGAGGAAUUCAUGCUCCAGACAUGAAGACCGAAAACCUUCUGAGCUGGCACCCAGCAACCUUUCCUCUGGCCAGGAGAUCAGGGAGUUCAGCUGCUACCACAGUCACUGCCAGCACCAAGUGUUCAGAACGGACUUGAUCACUGCCAUGAAGCUACCCGACUCCUACCAACUGAACCCUGAUGAGUACUAUGUGCUGGCAGACCCCUGGAGGCAGGAGUGGGAAAAGGGAGUUCAGGUGCCAGUUAGCCCGGGGGCCAUCCCCGAACCAGUAGCCAGGGUUGUGUCUGAGACAAAAGCAGUCACAUUUACAAGACCCAGGAAGUACAUCCUUUCUUCAGGUUCUGAGCCUCCUGAGCUGGGAUACGUUGACAUUCGAACCUUGGCGGACAGUGUGUGUCGCUAUGACCUCAAUGAUGUGGAUGCAGCAUGGUUAGAACUGGCCAAUGAAGAAUUUAAAGAGAUGGGAAUGCCCGAACUGGAUGAGUACACUAUGGAGAGAGUCAUGGAGGAAUUUGAACAGCGAUGCUAUGACAGUAUGAACCACGCUAUUGAGACUGAAGAAGGGCUGGGGAUCGAGUAUGAUGAGGACGUUGUCUGCGACGUUUGCCAGUCCCCAGAUGGGGAGGAUGGCAACGAAAUGGUGUUCUGUGACAAAUGCAAUAUCUGUGUACACCAGGCAUGUUACGGAAUUUUAAAGGUGCCAGAAGGCAGUUGGCUAUGCCGGACCUGUGCGCUUGGUGUUCAGCCAAAGUGUUUAUUGUGUCCCAAGAAAGGUGGAGCUAUGAAGCCAACUCGUAGUGGGACGAAGUGGGUCCAUGUUAGCUGUGCACUCUGGAUUCCAGAGGUGAGUAUUGGCAGCCCAGAAAAGAUGGAGCCCAUAACCAAGGUCUCUCACAUUCCCAGCAGUAGAUGGGCAUUAGUGUGCAGCCUUUGCAAUGAGAAGAUUGGGGCAUCCAUACAGUGCUCGGUGAAAAACUGCCGAACAGCUUUUCAUGUCACAUGCGCAUUUGACCGUGGCUUGGAGAUGAAGACCAUCCUGGCGGAGAACGACGAGGUCAAGUUCAAGUCAUACUGCCCCAAGCACAGCUCCACCAAAAAACUGGAUGACGAAAACCUCUGUGAAAACACCAGCCAGGAGAAUGAGAAUGGGACACAGGACAGCUCCCCUUGUGCCCACAUAGAGCCCUUCCAUAGCCUUGAUCAAAACCAGGAGGAGGCCCACAGGGUCAGUGUCCGCAAGCAGAAGCUCCAGCAGCUGGAAGACGAGUUCUAUACAUUUGUCAAUGUCUUGGAAGUGGCUAAGGCCCUGCGGCUGCCUGAAGAGCUGGUGGAGUUCCUGUACCAGUACUGGAAGCUCAAGAGGAAAGGCAAUUUCAACAAGCCCUUGAUCACCCCAAAGAAAGACGAAGAGGACAAUCUGGCCAAGCGGGAGCAGGAUGUUUUGUUCAGGAGACUGCAGCUCUUCACGCACCUCCGGCAGGAUUUGGAGAGGGUUCGGAAUCUGACUUACAUGGUGACCCGAAGGGAGAAGAUUAAGAGAUCUGUUUGCAAAGUCCAGGAACAGAUAUUCAAUCUCUACACAAAACUUAUGGAUCAAGAACGAGUUUCAGGUGUGCCUUCCUCCUCCUCCUCAGUAGAAAACAUGGUGUUGUUCAACAGUCCACCUUUGGGUCCUGAUGCUCCCAAAAUAGAGGAUUUGAAGUGGCAUUCUGCUUUCUUCAGGAAGCAAAUGGGCACUUCUCUGACACACACAUUGAAAAAAUCACACAAGGGAGACAGAGUAAGGAACACCUCUGGGAGUGACAGAAAAUCCCUGCUCAAACAGCCCAGCCGAAGGGAAGGUGUAGUGACUCCAAGUAGCUUUUUAAAUUUUGAAAAGGCUUUUGCAGAAGCACGCAUUGUAUCAGCACAACAGAGAAACGGGAUAGUUAUGCCAGACCACAGGAAAAGAAGAGACAAUCGUUCCCCUUACGAGGUAAUCAAGGCAGAACUGAAGGAAAAGCCUUCCAAGCACAGCCACAAGCCACUGACAUCCACAGAAGUCUCUCAGAGGCAAUCAGAAAACAAAAGGUCUGUGAACCAUCCAGGUGGUAGGUCAGCACCUGGCACACGGAGGGAUAUAGUGCCUAAAUGCAAUGGAUCCCUCAUCAAAAUAACCUAUAACCGGCCUGCGGUUAAAGUGCCUACAACACCCACAAGCCCAGUGAAAAACUGGGGCGGAUUCCGAAUUCCAAAGAAGGGGGAGAGACAACACCAGGGAGAGAUCCAGGAGGAGACCUGCCACCAGAACUCUAACUAUCCAUACUUGGGCAUGGGCAGAGUUUUGCCUAAAGACAGGGCAAAAAGCAAACUAAAGACAGACAGGGAGAAUGAUGGGUAUGCUCCUGAUGCUGAAAUGAGUGACUCAGAAACUGAGGUGGCUGAGAAAAAAUGCAGACAGCAAAGGCUUAGUCCAAACAGCACUAUCAACAGGAGGACAGACAUUAUUAGGAGAAGUAUCCUCGCUUCCUGA